AUGUUAGGAUCAAUUUUUCGUCUGAAAAAUAUCUAUUGUGAGAAUAAUAAAAUAUGGCAUAUUGAAAUGAAUUUAUGUAGUGAUAAUCAAUGCGAAUUACAAACGACCUUUUCACACAUGACAAAUCAAUAUGGCUCGAGUAGCACUAAAUUAACUUUAUUUGGAAGUGUUCUUAUUGAUAUGGCCAGUUUUGAUUAUGCUGAGAAAUAUUUGUGUCGAUUAUUAAAAAAAAUAUCAUCUGAGCAUAAAGACAGUUAUAAAUGUUAUCACGCACUUGGAAAAGUAUCAUUUGAAAAAGGAGAGUAUGAGACAAGUUUAGUUUAUCUUUUUAAAUCGCUUGAAAUUCUACAAGAAAGCAGAUCAAAUGAUUCUAGACUUGGAUACAUCUAUAAUAGUAUUGGUGAAGUUGAUCAAAAGAAAGGUGAAAUCAAAGAAGCACUGCAAUCAUACGAAAAAGCAUUAGAUAUUUUCAAGCAAACAUUUGCAGAUGAUCAUGAAAAUCUAGCUUGGUGUUAUAACAAUUUAGCUUUAAAUAUUAAACAGAGCAUACUUCCUAAUGGACAUCCUUGCUUGGGCAAUACAUACAACAAUCUUGGUAAUAUACAUUAUUUUCGUCAUGAAUAUGAACAAGAAUUAGAAAAAUAUCAAUUGACGUAUGAAAUUUUCAAAAAAUCUCUUACUCCUCGCCAUCCUUCAAUUGCCAGAGUACUUAAAAAUAUCGGUGUUGUUUAUGAAGUUAAAAAAGAUUUCAUUGAAGCUAAAAUACAUUAUGAAAAAGCACUUCAUAUUCGUAAACAGAUUUUCAAACCAGAACAUCCUGAUUUAAUUGAAAUUAGCAAAGAUAUCGAACGCAUAUCAUUACAUAUACAAUAA